AUGUCAACAUCAACAACGAACUCUCAAAUAAACAAAAGUCUCAAACUAAAAAAUAAUUCAUCAGUGGUUGUCACCGAGGUAUCUCCAUGUACUUCCAGAACACCUAAAAAGAAAGGAAAGCCAAUCGGAUACAGACUAAAGUGGAAGUUCUUCUCCAAUGACCUCGUGUCUAAGGCUGAAGAAGCACAGAAGCUGCCGGGGUACCUGUGGGCCCUAAGGCACACCAUUCUCUCUGCUGAUACACUGAGAGACUUCCCGGGCAGGUUCAAGUCUCUCUACGACAUGGACACCGUCAGGGGAGUCUUCUCGCACAGUGCUAUUUUGUGCACCACAGGCAAGUGUUCUCUCCAGGAAACACACAAAGUGUCUCCCACAGUGGCCUACCUCGGCCACUUCAGUGGCACCUGUGGUCAUAAGUGUGACCUGGUUAACUCAACCAAGGAGGAACUGUUUCUUCUCAAGUACAAGACUCCAGUAACCAAGGCUGUUACUAAUGUGCUUACAAAACUGAAACUUAUUUAAUAUGUGACGAUCUUUAUGCCUCUCUAAAUAGCUAGAUCUCCUAAGAAGGAAAAAAAAAAUAAUUCGUGGGAAAGCGAAAAUCCCGUAUGUCAAACUGCCUUGGGAAUAAGUAUAGCCAAAUUUCUUGGGUCAAGAAUCCUUCAGCAGCACAAGCGAACAUCUUUUCACGGGUUGUUCAUUCAAAGUAUCAUCAAAUUGCUCAAGCGAAUGGUAGCACUGCUUAAUUGGGAAUACACAUCAGUUAACAGGCUAAGAGCUGCUAUUUUAGCUUAUUUCAAAGCCUGGAGCUAAAAUAUACUACCCCUCAGGAUGUGGCUCACAUAAGUCGACUAACAACCAAUGAUCUGUUGACUGAGAAGUGAACAUGGGCAACAGGUGUAAGACUUGCCCAUAUGUUGCUGCGCCAAGGAAUUGAUCCUGGGUGUCUUCAGGUGUGAACCGAACACACGAACACUGACCCACAUUCCAACUAAGUGGCACACAGUAUCACACAUUUUUUUUACAAGUACAGUGGACCCUCUACUUACGAGUUUAAUCCGUUCUGUGACCUUGCUCGCAUCUGGAUUUUCUCGCUUGCAGAGUCAAUUAUUUAUCACAAUUCAUCUAUUAUGACAAACAAUAUAAACAGAAACCUAAUAUAUACUCUAGAACGAAUAAAAUAUGUCAUUUAUGUAGUGGUAUCGUCGGCGUCGGCGGCAGAUGAGAGUUUGUCUGGAGACAAGACAAAAUACUCCUUCAAUAAUUUCGCUAUCAACUCUAUGGCUUAUUUAUCUAUCAAAAAUCAUCUAAUAUGACAUAAUAAACAAUAUGAAUAACGUAGAAACCUGAUAUAUAAUCUAGAAUGAAUAAAAUAUGUCAUGUGAUAGGUGGAGGCGGCCACAACCGCUCGCGCAUUGUGGUAAUCACUGCCAUCUAGUGACG